GCCGCCAGCGCCGUCCCCCGGCGAGGCGCGGGGAUUCUUGGCCAUGUGUGAGGAAGGAGCCGCCAAGCUGCGCCUGAAGCCCCGGACGGCGCCGCCCGCCCGCGGCUGGGAGCGCAGCCCCGGCCCCGAGCCCCCGCCGCGGCCCCAGGCAUCGACUGACAGAUGUUCCUGGUUUGAAAAGGAAGAAUUAAAUGAGUGUGAAAAAACCUGGCUUCUGCUACUGAAAGACAUCAGUCAAGAUUCAGAGUGUACAAACUGGGACACAGUGCCCAGCUUUCCAGAGUUCUUGGAAAAGAAACAACAGGAAAAGAGUCCAGAACACCAGGAAGUCUUUACAGUUGGAACUAAAGACUUUCAGUGGGUAUCAUUCCCAUCUUUUCACCAAGAAAAAUGUCUGAACCCCACGGAUCUGAGCUCCCAGCAGCCAACACAGAGCCAGAGCAAUGAAUUACAUAAAGAACAGGGCCAAGCAGAUAAACUGAAGAGUUUAUCAUCCAUAGCUGAGAAAACCUGUAGGGGAACCAGUAGAGAUGAAGCCAAACCUGCAUCUGGAGCAGACACAAGAGGUGUUUCAGAGCUGGAUGUGAGUCCCAAGCCAUGUCAAGUCCCUGGGCACAGCAGCUCAGCACAGCCCUCAGUGUUGGUACAAAGCCCUGCAGAAGCUCUGGGCCCUCAGCAGCAGCUCACAGGGACUGUACAGAACAGCAGGGCAGACAGGAGAGAAAAGGGUGAGGAAAAACCUCAAAUCCAAACACACCAGGGGGAGCUUCCAGCAGGGGAGGCCACGGGGGUGCCUGUGGAGAAGCCUGGGCUCGGGAGCACUCCUGGGGCCGAGAGCCAUGAGGAGAAAAUGGAAAACCAGAGUGAAGCACGUUCAGCUCUUGACAGUUGUCCCAUGUGUCUGAUGCAGUUUAGUGGAAGACUCUCCCAGCUGGACAUCGAUGGGCACCUUGCCAGGUGCUUGUCUGAAAGUGCAGAUGAUGUCAUGUGGUAAACCCAGAGGAGUGGAGAGCACAGGAACCAGGCCAAGGAUGAAGCCUUCUCAAAGGAAAAGGAAAAAUGUGUCAAGGAAGCACAUCCUUGUCUCUGACUUAAACCAGUAACUCAACAGAAGGAUAAGUGCCACCUGCCUUUUUGGUUUUGGGUUUGUCUUCUUUGAAAGCCUCUCAAAUGCACAUAAAGUAAUUCUAGUUCUGAAAAUGGUGCUCUGGGAUGUCCCAGAGACCCCCAGGGAAAUGAGGCUUGGUACUCCUGAAGAAAUGCACUACUGGAAAUCCCUCGAGCUUUGUCUGAUGCACCAGAGUUCUGAAUCUCUCAGGACAGAAGAAAGCAGCUGAGCAAA